CUGCUGCAGAUCCGUGUGGCCCGGGCCUCAGCCUCCCGCCCUGGCUCACGUCUGUGCCGUGCUGGAGUGUGCCCCAGCGCUGUGAGCCAGAAGAAACCGCUCCUUAAGGAGCCUGGCGAGGCGAACGUGGUGGGCGCACGCCCCUGCGCGCCUCCGCGGGAUGCCACGCCGCAGGGAGCAGCGGGGAGCAGGUGAAACAGCGAAGAUUUGCCUCCCUCCACCCGACUUCUGCUACAGUUUACCGCUGGAGCCUGUGUUACACAAUCGGACCUGGCUCGGGGGGAAAAAGGAAGCUGUGGGUGGGCGGGUGUCCGUGAGCAGAGAUUUGUGCCCUACAAUCUCCUGGACAUCUGAGUACUGCACCGAGUUCCACAAGGCACACUCAGCACGUCUUACUCGGAUGGUUUGGGGUAGAGCAGCCAUCUUGUGACUAAGAGGGAAAAUAGGAGAGGUCCAGGUAAGGCCCUGGGGCCCUCUGGUCCCUUAACCAAUACCGGCAGCUUGCUAGUCCUUGAAAUUUUGUGUGUGAAAAGUAAAACUAUUUGCUAGGCCACGUGCAUCCGUUAGCACGCACCAGAAAUAACCACUGGCUGGUUCAGAUAGGAAGGGCUGGAAAGGCCGGCUCCGGGCCGAAUAGACAGUCACGUGGCCUCUGCCUGCGCAGGAGCUGGUGAAUCAGGAAGCCGCUUGCAGAGCCAGCCUGUGGUGCCUGGCCCGCCUCAGGCAAGCUGGCUUUGGAUGGAGGCUGGGUCCAGCCCAGACUGAACCCUGCUCUCCAGGUCAGCCCCACCCCAUCAAGAUCCUAACUGACGUCAGUAGGACAGGUUUUUAAAAUGCAGGGUGGGGUGAAGGACAAACAAAUUCUGCAGCAUAGUUAGCGACUUGUAAAAGUCGCUGGGCGUGGUGGCGCACCCCUUUGAGCCCAGACUUUGGAAAGCAGAGGCAGGCAGCUCUCUGAAUGUGAGGCCAGCCUGGUCUACAAAGCGAGUCCAGAACAGCCAAGGCUACCCAGAGAAGCCCUGUCUUGGGGAAGAAAAAAAAAACAGUAUAAAUUUAUUACUAUUUUACGUAAAACUUCAAAUCUAAUCCAUUGACUUCAAUACAUCAUAAUUUCCAUACUCCCAUUUUUAAGGUUUAUUUUUAUUUUAAUGUUUAUUUUUAUUUACGGUGCGUUUGUUUUGUUUCGUUUUGCCCGUUGUAUGUUGGGUCUAUGGACCGCCCAUGACUGCAGUGCCUGCAGAGACCAGAAGAGGGCAUCAGAUUCCCUGGCCUGGAGUCCCAGGCAGUUGUGAGCUGCCUGGUGGGUGCUGGGAGUGGAACCUCAGUCCUUGGGGAGAGCAGCCAGCACUCUGCGCUCCUGACCCCCCUCUCCAGCUGCUGACAACUGCUUACCUUUUGAUUUCCUUGGGCAAACCCUGGAGCCCACCUCCCCACUCAUCUUUAUUUAAUGCUCACACCUUCCCCACACCACAGCCACGGCCGCCUCCCCAGAUCUGCUCCUCUGAAGUGCAGGGGCUCCACAGCUGGGCACGCAGACCCUCAGCAUGCUUCCCUUGCAAGGCCUCGGCUUAGCGGUGAGAAGGCUCAGCUCUGGCUGGAGCUGCGGCCACCAGCCAGGCCUAGCAGGGCCUUGGAGCAGGGAUUGAGCAAUGGCAGAUAGUCCCACCACCCCUCCAGGCCCCCAAUCCCUCCCUAACCCGCUUGACCCAGCUCAGCCCCAAGGAGUUUGUGGCAGCUCUGCAGGCACAGCCAUCUGUCACCUGCGGCUCCUGGCGACACACAGUCUGUCAGCUGCUUUGCACAAGGGCUAGUGCACUUUUGGGGUGUAGGGGUGCUCUGAGCCGCAGGCUGGGCGCUGGCUGUGGUGACCUUUUGGAGACCCUAGAGCCCCAGCUGUUUCCCCGCAUUCCAUCACAGCCGCCAGCUGAAUAAAGAGGGACCCAGGCUGCGGGCAGAGGAGCCGCCGGUGCUGCAGAGAGGACUGGCCAUGUCCGAGGCACCGUCCUGCCCCAGCACCGAGACCCCUACCCCUGGCUGCGACGUGAAGACGUUGUACUGGGCAUGCGUCCACAACGACCCUGCUGAACUCCAAGCCAGGCUGGACGCCGGGGUCUCCCCGGAGGAGGCUUCCCAAGUGGACAGCAAUGGGAGGACAGGUCUCAUGGUCGCGAGCUACCACGGCUUUGGUUCCAUUGUGGCUCUGCUCAGCCGCUGUCCUUUCCUGGAUGUGAACCAGCAGGACAAAGACGGCAACACGGCCCUCAUGCUGGCCGCUCAGGCAGGUCACGUGCCUCUGGUGAGUCUCUUGCUCAACUACUUUGCCGGCCUGGACCUGGAGCGCAGGGACCAGCGCGGGCUCACGGCUCUGAUGAAGGCGGCCAUGCGGGACCGCUCCGAGUGUGUGGUCGCCCUCCUCAUGGCAGGUGCCGACCUGAGCUCAGUGGAUCCCGUCCGGGGCAGGACAGCCUUGGAGUGGGCCGUUCUGACUGACAGCUUUGACACAGUGCGGAAGAUCAGGCAGCUGCUGAGGCGACCCCGGGCAGAGCAGCUCAGCCUAUGCUACCAGCCAGAAUGGCCAGCCUUGGCCCAGCUUGUUGCCCAGGCCCAGGCCCAGGCCCAGGCCGCCCCGUCCCUCCUGGAGAGGCUGCAAGCCACCCUGAGCCUCUCUUUUGCUCAGUCUCCGCAGGAAGGGGGUGUGCUGGACCACUUUGUGACUGUCACCACCAGCUUGGCCAGUCCCUUUCUCAGCACAGCCUGCCACACGCUGUGCCCUGACCACCCCCCCACGCUAGGCACCCGGGGCAAGUCGGUGCCGGAGCUGUUGGGUACCGCCCCUCCCCCGCCCCCUGCACCCCAUCCUCCCCAGGCAGUCCCCACUCCCCAGGCCUUUGCCCCCUCCCAGAGCCAUCAGCGCACGCUCUCCCAGUGGCUGCCGUUCAGGGACGGUCCCAGGUCCCAAGUCCCCAAGAUCCUCCUCUCUAAGGCACCUUCCCGCACCACCCAGUACAGCUUGGUCCUCAGGCCUGCAGGGCACCGAAGCCUGGCUCUUCCUGUCUGGAGAUACCAGGAGAGGAAGAAGAAGGAGGAGGAGGAAGCAAAGAAACAUGGGGAGGAGGGCUAGGCCAGGCUGGAGGCAAGAGAGACCCAGUCCUGUCUGGGCCUCUUUGUGCUUCCCAACCGUCUGUCUGCAGGAACCUGCUCUCGCCAAGUCAGAGUCUGCAGGGGGGAAUGGGACCGACCCGGUGUCUGCCAGCGGGGCACUGGCUACCGUGAUUAUCGUGGAAACACGCACACACUCUAUUCUGUAUAACACGUCACAAAGCGAGAGAAAGCAAACCGUUCUCGCACAAAAUCUACAACCUGUAUCGAAUAAAGAGCUGAGCGUAGAAAAGCGUGCGCGGCACGCCAUUCGUCUGGUGGAAA